AUGGCAGUGCCCAGGAUCAGGAGACCCACAGAAAAACCGCCCACUACCGAUAAAUACAAUGAAAGUGCCAAUUGUCCUAUGGUCACUAGUAGAUGUGUCUUUGGUCAACUGGCUCAAAAUGACAGAAGAUUGACUCCUGAUGACCUACCUUCCGUGGAGCGGGUCAACGAGACCUUGGUGAGAGAGUUCAUCUUCCUUGGUUUCUCAUCUCUGGCCAGGCUGCAGUGGCUGCUCUUCGUUGUCUUCCUGCUCCUCUACCUGCUCACUCUGGGCACCAAUGCCAUCAUCAUUUCCACCAUUGUGCUGGUCAAAGCCCUUCAUACCCCCAUGUACUUCUUCCUUGCCGUCCUUUCCUGUUCUGAGACUUGCUACACCUUUGUAAUUGUACCCAAGAUGCUUGUUGACCUGCUGUCUCAGAAGAAGACCAUCUCCUUCCUGGGCUGUGCGAUCCAGAUGUUUAUCUUCCUUUUCCUCGGCUGUUCUCACUCCUUCUUGCUGGCAGCCAUGGGUUAUGAUCGCUAUGUGGCCAUCUGUAACCCUCUUCGCUACACAGUGCUCAUGGGACACGGGGCAUGUGUGGGACUAGUGGCUGCUGCCUGUGCCUGUGGCUUUAUUGUUGCACAGAUCAUCACAUCCCUGGUAUUUCACCUGCCCUUCUACUCCUCCAACCAAUUACAUCACUUCUUCUGUGACAUCUCUCCUGUCCUUAAGGUGGCAUCUCACCAUACCCACUUUAGUCAGAUUGUCAUCAUCAUGCUUUGUGCACUGGUCCUGGUUAUCCCCCUGUUAUUGAUCUUGGUAUCCUAUAUUCGCAUCAUCUCUGCCAUACUGCAGUUUCCUUCCACAUUGGGCAGACACAAAGCUUUCUCCACCUGUGCUUCUCAUCUCAUUGUUGUCACUGUCCAUUAUGGCUGUGCCUCCUUUAUCUACUUAAGGCCUAAGUCCAACUGCUCCUCAAGCCAGGAUGCUCUCAUAUCAGUAUCCUACACUUUCCUAACUCCAUUGUUCAAUCCAAUGAUUUACAGCUUGAGAAAUAAAGAGUUCAAAUCAGCUCUUCAUAGAGUUAUGGGAAGAACAGUUUCCCUGCCACAACAUUAA